AUGAUCACCGGCCUGCAUCACGUCAACCUCAUCGUCCCGGCCGGCACGCUGGCGCAAGCGGAAGAAUUCUACGGCGAGACGCUGGGCCUCACGCCGCGGCCUGUGCCGGAGCUGCAGAAGGGGUCGUUGGCUUGGUGAAGAUGCUCCCUCCCCUCCUCCCUCCCACCUCCCCCAAGGAAGCCGUGUGCUCACGAUGUGAUUGUGGCGAACAAACAGGUACGACCUCGGAUCUUCGGGCCAGCAGGUCCAUAUCGCCUUCGGGCCGGCGGAGGCGAAUUCUUCGCGGCAUCCGUGCUUCCGCGUGGCUUCGCCCGAGGCUCUGCUGCUGCUGAGGCAGAGGGUAUGGGAGCAUCAUCGGGCGGGUGGUGCUUCGGCUCCGCAGCAGGCCGAUCGGCCCGGGGAGGUGGAUAGUGGUGCGCAAGGUAAGAUGAUGAUGAUGAAGAAGAAGAAACAGAAGCAAGUCAGUCUGGAUCAUCAUGAGGCGUCGAGCUGAUAUCACAUCGUGGCAGGCAAGGAGUACCCGCAGAGGUUCUUUGCGAGGGAUUACGCCGGUAACCGACUGGAAUUUACGGUGUGA